AUGAAAACCUGUCAAUCCGGUCAGCUGGGCUCGGCUGUGGAGUCAGACACGGCGUGCAGGAGCGGAGGGGGCUGCGUUGUCAAGUGCAGCUCGGAAAGGAUGGAGAACGCUGCCAAGAGGAGACUGGCGGCCAACGCCCGCGAGAGGAGACGGAUGCAGGGACUCAACACGGCCUUCGACCGCCUGAGGAAGGUGGUUCCGCAGUGGGGGCAGGACAAGAAACUGUCCAAGUAUGAGACCCUGCAGAUGGCUCUGAGCUACAUCAUGGCUCUGACCAGGAUCCUUGCCGAAGCUGAGAGGUACAGUACUGAGCGAGAGUGGAUUAGCCUGCACUGUGAACACUUCCACACCGACAGCUUCCACCAGCGCCCGGCGCAGAAACCCACGGCCAGCGGCGAUCCUUACGCACAGAGGCUGUUCGGCUACCACCCCGAGCACUUCCAAAUGGCUAAUUAG